AUGAGGCGAGUUAGGAUUAUAGUGAUAGCAUUUGUGCUGAUAACUUCUUUUUCUGUAACCUCUUCAAAAUCAGAAUCAUGCCCUUACUCCUUCAUAUUCAGCUUCGGUGAUUCCCUCGCCGACACAGGCAACCUCUAUCUCAGCUCACCACCGCUUUCCGACAACUGCUUCUUCCCUCCUUACGGUGAAACCUUCUUUCACAAUGUCACAGGCCGCUGCUCCGAUGGUCGUCUCAUCAUCGAUUUCAUCGCUGAGUUUCUUGGGAUUCCAUCGGUGAAACCGUAUCUGGAAAAGAAGAAUAUUGGUGGAUGGAGUUGGAAAGACGGAGGAGCCAAUUUUGCAGUUGCAGGAGCGACGGCAAUGGACUCAACCUUCUUUCAACAGAGAGGCAUUCCUGUCAAAACCAAUUAUUCUUUGUCAGUUCAACUCACUUGGUUUAAGGAACUGCUUUCUACUCUUUGCAAUUCUUCUUCCCAAAGUUGCAGUGAAGAGGUUAAGAACUCAUUAUUUCUUGUGGGUGAAAUAGGUGGAAACGAUUUCAAUCAUCCUUUGGUUGUAGGAAAGAGCAUAGCAGAAGUUAAAUCGUAUGUGCCUAAUGUCAUCAAUACAAUAUCUUCAAUAACCAAAGAGUUGAUUGGUUUAGGGGCUCGCACGCUCAUGGUUCCUGGGAUUUUCCCUUUUGGAUGUAGAGUAAUAUAUUUAACAAUUUAUGAAACCAAAGUUGAGAAGCAAUAUGACAAAUUUGGAUGCUUGAAGUGGUUAAACGAGUUUGCUGAAUAUUACAACCAUGAACUCCAAAUUGAAUUAAAUAAGCUUCGAUCUCUUCAUCCUCACGUUAAUAUUAUCUAUGUUGAUUAUUACAAUGCUGGAAUGACUUUAUAUCGUCGUCCUGCAAAAUUUGGACUUAUUGCUCUUAAAGCAUGUUGUGGAAAGGGAGGUCCAUACAAUUUCAAUGUAUCAAUACAGUGUGGUGAUCCAGGCGUGAAUGCUUGUGAUGAUCCUUCUAAGUAUAUUGGAUGGGAUGGAAAACAUUUAACUGAAGCUGCUUAUAAAUUAAUCGCUCAAGCUUUUAUAAAAGGGCCAUAUUAUAGGAAACACGACGCACACUGAUAUUGAACUCUGUAAUUCUGUGUAUAUAAUUUAUUGAAUGUCGCAUGUCUUAAAUAGCCGCAAGACCAAAAGUAAAAACAAUAACCCUAACGGGUGAGUAUAAUAAUAAUUGGCCAAGUAUAAAAAUAAUUAACAGGAUUAAAAUCGGUAGAAUUAAAAAUAAUAACAAAAACUGAAUCUAUAAAGUUGAAGCCAAUAAAAAAUAAAAUUCAAAACAAAAUCAAUGAAAUUAUAAAAACACCCUAAUUUAAGUUUAUCCAAUAAUUAUUACAUAUAUGGUGGAAAUGUUAUGAAAGUUUGAUGUGGAGUUGAUCCUUACAAUACAAUGAUAUUUCCAAGUGUUGGGAGGGAGGGGUGGUUGCUUGUGAUGAUGAUCCGUCACAGUAUGCUAGCUGGGAUGCUUAUCAUAUGACCGAGACUGGAUGUAGAUGGAUCCUACAUUAUUUUUAUAACUUGUUUCACACA